UCUGAGGGGGAUGACCUGAAGGGUGCAGAGGCCGUGUACCUCGCCUCCCCCUACGUCGCUUCCGCCUACCCUGCUGUCUCCGCCUACAGCGCCGUCCCCGCCGUCAGCACCUACUCCGCCUACGGCGCCGUCCCCGCCGUCAGCACCUACUCCGCCUACGGCGCCGUCCCCGCCGUCAGCACCUACUCCGCCUACGGCGCCGUGCCUGCCGUCGGCUACAGCGGCUACGGCUACGCCGCCUCCCCCUACGCCUACGUCUACUAGGCGUCUACUAGGAACCUAUGGCCCAGGCAGCAACCUUCAGCAACCAACCUACCAACGACAACGAACCCACCACCUUGAAUAAUUCAGAAGACUGUCAAUUUUUUCUUUCUGUGUCCACAGUUUUUCCGCAAUAAAUCCGAUCAACAAGUUUUA